AGUUUAUUACGAAGCUGUACGUGGAAAUACGACAUCACUACAGUCUAGUGAGACGUUAGCGACCCCGGGAGAAGACUUUGUUGCUGGACAAAGAAGCAUCAUUAUCGAUGACAAGCAAGACGUUGGUACCAUCCCAGUCUGGAUUAAAGAUGAUAACGUUCCCGAGCUCGGUGAAGUGUUUUUAGUGAAUAUUACAAGGGUGGAGUUAGUAGACUCCUCCCAGUUCAAUAAUACUAUCCCACCCUUGCUGGGGAGUUACCGUGUUGCUCAGAUCACCUUAUCACCCAACGAUAAUCCACAUGGAGUGUUCAAGUUUCCACAGGCGAAGUAAGUAAUAAUGUAAUUGAUUGACUUACAGAAGCCUGUGCUAGUUAACUUUUAAGUUAAGCCACACGAAGUUGUGCAUUGUGCAACAAAACCGGUUUGAAAGUCUCGAUUUUUCCGUUUUAAUUACUGCGCUGCUCGUGGCAAAGCCCAAUAAAAACGUGGGCUCCGUCGCCUUUGUCGCAAAAAGCAAACUGCCGGACGCGUUGCAUGUCCCCCCUCCCCUGUUAUAGGGAAGAUUAUGCGUGCACCACGUAGCACCACGUAGCACCACGUAGCUAGCGCGGUGUACGCCUAUCAUAGGCAUCUCCAUGUAGUUUGUUCUUGAAGAAUAUGUCAACGAGUCACUUAGAGGGUUCCUCAGUGACCAAUUUUUUGAAGUUUUUGAAAAACGUUUGAGAAGAGACUUCUCUUUCAAAGAGCGAGAUAAAUCAUCCAAGAGCAAGGCUGGAGUUCCUGUCAUUUUUAACCUCUUGUUUAUUUUGUUACAGGAUUUAUUUGACAGAAUCACACAAUCCAUACACUAUCACUGUACUGCGUGACCAAGGAACGUUCGGCCAAGAACAAGUCAAUUACUUUGUACAGACCCAUUCUGCAAGUCUAAACGAUUUCAACAUAACAGGUUACAGUGGAGGCGAACAAACGUUGGUGUUUGCAAGGGGUGUUAAAGAACAGAACAUAACGAUUUUUGUCGCGGACGAUAGUACACCCGAAGGCGACGAAACUCUCACCAUCACCUUGGCCCGAAACAGUGGGGAAACACUUCUUGGAAAUCCAAAAGUCCUUGAGGUGGUUAUUCGAGCCAACGACGAUGCUUAUGGUGUCUUCAGUCUUAGUCCGUCCUCACUGAGUAAGGCUAUCGCUGAACCUGGAACUGGACCUGUUAAUGAGGCUGACUUCGUGGUUGUUCGUGGCGUGGAUUCCUAUGGAACUGUCGUGGUGUACUGGGAAGUUCUGAAUGGUUCAGCCGAAACUGACUUGUCACCAGUGAGAGGGAAUGUGACUUUCCAAGAUGGGGACACACAGAGAAGCUUUAGAGUCGCUGCUCUUCUUGAUUCUACACCAGAAAAGGCUGAAACGUUUAUUAUCAAGUUGAAUAUUUCUGGUGAGACAUUGACCCUUAUAUUUCUUUUAAGUGAACAACUGGUGGCGAACUAAUACAGUCAUAAUAUUUAAUCAUUUACAGUGACGUCCCCACUAACUUUACCACCCGUAUAAGUCUUUAUCAUUUGUCUUUUUUUGACAUGUUUUAAGUACAUUUUAUGACAGCUCUGAUGAUGUCCAUAGGGUAUCAAACGUAAAAAUCCAAAGUGUCAUGGAGGCAAAGUUGUGCGUUAUGAAAAGUUCAUUUUUGCCUUCCAUAAAUCAAGAAUUAAGAUUGGCUGUUGUUGAAAACAUGGCGAAAAGAUUGAAAAGCUGUGGCCUUAGAAAACAGCCGACAUUUAGCGACGCCACCAACAGUUUCCUCUUGAAAUGACGUCCGAGGGUCGAGCGCAGAAAUUCCAUACUGAUGACAUGUGUCCCUACUCAUAUCUGGGUAGUGCUUUAAAAAACGCCUCCUAUUGUCUUUAGACCUUUGGACUUUGUUUGGGCCAUUCUUUUAUUGUUCUGCUAGCUAAUCAAACAAUUACUGCCGAGAGCUUCAUUCCUCCCACCCCCCUUCCCAAUAUAAAGCCCUCUUCUUUAAACGCAUUUUAUGUUGAAUGUCGAAUGUUUCUUAUCAAGGAAACGGAAGGCUUACGUCACCGUAUGAAGCCCAGGUUACCAUCACUGAAAACGACUCACCAUAUGGAGAAUUAGAAAUAGUGUCCAGUUCCUCACUCAGCAGCUCUGUCGAUAUCGAAGAAACACAAAGUAUAGUCAAGGCCAAGGUCAUUCGAAGCAAGGGAGACUUUGGACGAAUCACUUUAAAUUACCAGACCGCCUCACAGACAGCCAACUCAUCAUCUGGUAAUGUCGUUCACUUUGAAAAGCUGCAACUGAUGAAAACUUUGGGUGCCUAUAGCUGGCAUACAUUCUUCGCUUUUGGGGACCAAUUUGUUUUGCUCGCCAGCAACAACAGAACUGGCGCUCUUCCAGAAGGUGUUAACGACGGUGCAGUUAGCGAAUAUUUUGGUUCUGCGUUGUUCCGUUGGCAAGGGGUCCUUGUUCCUUUGCAGGUAUGUAAGAGCACGAUACUUCUGAGAUCGCCUUGUUUCAGAAUUACCUGUAUAAGGGAUAAUGACUGAACACUGAGGCCUAUUUAAGAAUAAUGACCGAGCGCGUAGUCUCUGGACGAACUCCUAUAUUGUUACCAUUCAACUGAAACUUCUAUGGCAGAAAUUUGCAUAGUAUUAUUUAAAAUUUCAAAUUAAUUUGAUUUAUUUUCUACUAAAAAAGUAAAUACUCGACUGUUCGAGGCUUCAAAAAUUAUUAUCUUUCCCAUUUUUGCGACUACAAAGGUACACAGUUUUAUUAGAAACAAAACGAAUUAUGAUAUGUCUUCGUGCCUAGAAUUAUUAACUUUGCUUGAAAACUAGGGUAGGUUUAUUAAUUAACUCCUCUUCAGCGAUUUGCAUGGACAUAAGAUUUUGAUUUAGUUGGUUCUUAUUCUGGUCCUAGAUGUUCAAAGUUGGAUAGCGCUAUCAACCGGACAAUUCUCUAUCCAAUGAAUAACACAAUUGGUUUCCUUUAAUAUUUAUCCACCGGACAGUGAUUUGUCCAGCAAAUAGCGCUAUCGCAGAUGUCUCCGAUUUUGGUUUUGGUUUACAUAAAUCUUCAUUUUGUGCUUUUCUGUCACUGUAGAACAUUGUUACUGAUGGAGCGGUUGCUUGGGAUACUCUUGUGGUUGGAGACAAAGUUUACCUGGCAGUUGCUAAUCAUGGAAGUGAUGGGCGUUACGAGACUUACUCCAGAAUUUACACAAUGGAUAAUACUGGAAUGCUGACUGUCAUUCAGAACAUUUCAACUCAAGGAGCGUCUGAUGUCAAGUUCUUUAGUCCUCCGGGUCAGAGUGAUAUUUAUCUUAUCGUUGCAAACCAGAUGGAUAAUGCUGGGGAGACGCAUAUCAGCUCACAGGUAAAGAUUUCCUUUGUUUGGAGAGAACUAUCUUUACAUAAAAGUAUCUCUUUUGCAGUGGCAAGUUCAGGGACACUCCGCACACCACGCCCUAAAACUCAGUUGUAUUUAUAAGGAUCACGAAAGACCGUUUCUAAAAAUCUGCCUUUGUUUCAGGGUAGUAAGUAAAUUAUAGUCUGGUAUUACCUCAACAUAUUCAGCGUAUUCAGCUGUCGUGCGUGAAAAAGGAGCAACUUUAACUUGAUAGGAAGGAUCUUAACUUCCCAAGUGACCUGCCCAGGGAAAACGGAGACCCGACUGAAGGUUUAGGCACUUACGGUAACAAUAUCGAUAAACAAAGCUUAAAUGGAUCUUGCAUUUUCUUCGUUUUUUUUUUUUUUUGUUCCUGCUCGAAGAAAUCUUUUGUUCGCACCUACGUUACUGGUGUUUGGUGGCCCCUUUCCAUACUUCUCUCACCCUUCCCUUUCCCCUUGCUAUUUUUUGGGUGAAGUGGAAAUUCAAUAGAACAUCUUAACCCAGGUGACUAGCAUGUAUGCAAAUUUUUUGGAACGAAAGAAAUUGUUUACAUAAGAAAAGAGUUCAACUCCCACAGGACUGGUUUGGAACACCAACAUGGCCGCUGUUUCAUUGUACUGGAACACCAAGAUGACCGCCGUGACGUGAUGUGAAAACGCUCUACUUUCAUUUCUACCUUCAUUUUAGCCUGCGAAAACAUCCGUUUCUCCUCACUCUUCGCCGCUGCGAAAUUUUCGCUCGGAAGAGCGAAACGCGAAACGUCCCCAGCGGCGAAGAGCGAUGAGAAACGGAUGUUUUCGCAGGCUACCUUCAUUUUUGCUGUUCCUUAUUGCCUUAUUUCCUUUGCAGGUUUACAAGUGGGCAGUUGACAGAUUUACUCCUGAGAAUGUCAACAUCGAUAAUACCCGUAGCGCUUCUAACUUGGCUGUCUUUGUCACCGCUGGAACCCUAAAAGUCGCCAUAGCUUUCUACCACGACAAAGCAAGUGGAAGUUUCCAAACUAAAUCACCCGUCUAUGAGUGGAGGACAAACUCGUUCAGUUUACUCCAAGAAAUCGAUACCAACGGGCCAAUAGGAGUGGAACAUUUUGAACACAAUGGGCAGAGUUAUUUGGUGUUUGCCAACUCUAAAUCUACUGUGGACAUAUAUCGCUGGAACAGUAAUAGAUUUGACACUGCGGCAGUGCAGAGUAUUCCAAUCCAAAAUGUUCUGUCAGCGAAACCGUAUGUUAUGCAAGGCAAUGGUAAGUGUAUACGGGAAUCUUUUGAACAGAUUUGUCUUUACAGUUUGUCCGGGUUGCUCGAUAGAUUGUGGUCGGCUCGCUUGUGACUGUGGUAUAUGAAUUAUUAUCGAGUCUUUCCUUUGGAAUUGUAAGGGUUAAUGUUUAGCGAGGAGUUCAUUAAGAUACCACACCCAGAGAUGGUGAACUUUAACAGUAAACAAAAUUGUUUGGUUCUAAGUUCUUACUGAACAGUUUAACCAUCGCGAGGUUUUGUUAGCCGCGGUGUUAAGUUCUACCACACCCCACCAAACUUGUUAUUUGUCCUUCAGUUGGUUCAAUCUGUAAGACGAGUGUCUGGAAUGGGGGUUCACGACUGGCUUUGGGGAUUUACCAGCCAUGCGCGCGGUAUUCAAUCCGUAGGGACUGGCUUCCAGAGUAGAAAUUCCUUGAUAAUUCAUUCACCUUUUAAAAGAGCCAGCUGGUUAAUCCUGGGUUGGGGUUGGCCGGCCCUUGAGCAGUUUGGCAAAUCACUUUUUAAGAACUUCCUAGCUAUUCAAUCUGGAUAUCAAAAUGUAGGGAGGGUUUAAAAUGUUUGACAUCAUUUGACCCUUUGGAGAAAUCUAGAGUCUGAAGAAUAAACUUUGCUAACGAGAUUUCUGGGAUCGUGUGGUUUACUAAUGGCUGGUUCAUCUUUCUUUGUUUUCAGCUUAUCUCCUUACGGUUGAUAGCAGUGGACAUAUGAAUGUUUACAUGUGGGACAGUGUAUCAAAGUUCACCCUUCAAAUGGUCAGUAUUGUUCCUAGUUAAAAAAAAAACUUUAAAAUAGGUGUAAGUUAAAUCUUUACACUGUUGAGGCUGCAUAAUACUGAGAAAUCGUGAGCCAUUCUUGCUUGUCUCGCAAAACGCUCCUGGCGAAAUAUCGGAAUCUUACGUUGAUAUUAUCCAGUGAAUAUAUAUUACAAUUUUUUCCCUAACACUUAUCUACUGGAAAGCGCUAUCCAACCUUUGAACAACUUAUGUAAGUCAAAUGUAAACAGUUGUUCCAGGCAGUAGGGAAAGAGUCAUUUUCCUCAAGUUUGGAAUUAUUAGUAUCAUUAUGCUUUUAUUUAUUUAUUUAUUUAAUAAUUUAUUUAUGUUUCCAUUUCCAGAACACAACCGUAGAAGAUGUCCACACUGCAACUCCCUUUGUUACAGUUGAUGACGUGGCUGGCAAUACAGCUUUAUUCUUGGCAGCAGUGUCUGGGAAACAUUAUUCACCUGUUUUACGCCCAGUGAGGCUUUCACCUCAAGCUGACUUUAUCCCCAGGUUGGUUUGUGUUGCUUUCUUUUCAUCUCAAAAAGCUGCGGUUGAUUGCUAAAUCCAGACGGCAAACAAGUACGUUUCGCUAGUUUGAAAUCAGGAGACAUAUUCUGUUUAAAUAAUAGAAAAAUUUAGAAUCACGUUAACGACAAACGUCAAUUUGUGCCAAGUGACUAAGUUUUUCGUUAAAUUGUUCAGUUUUGUUAUAUCAGAACAAAAAUAGCAGUUUUAUAUCAGGUUUAGCAUGCGUUUUCACUCACGCGACCAGCGUCUAUGCAACAUCGUUGGAACAAAAAUGAACGUUGACAUAUAAAAGGAGUUAAACUCCUACAGGAUUUGUUUGGAACACCAAUAUGGCCGCCUUGAUGUCAUGCGUAAACGCUUUAUAAAAAUUGUAAUAUUUUGCACAGUCUGUCAUAAGUUGUGAGAAAUAGCCAACUUGAAUCUGACUUUUACCGUUUGUCGGAAACACUCUUUUAAACCUCUUUAAUGGCUUAUAUUCUGAUGUGUUUUUUUUUUCGUACUAACUGUCAGAUAUUAAUAAACAUUAGAAAAACCUAAUGUAAAAAUGAUCCAAAACGUUUAUAUGUGCUAUGUUUUUGCCAGGCAAGGACAACUCAUCUUUGAAGGCGGACAAAAGGAGCUUGAACUUGACUUCACAGUUUUACCUGAUAACACCCCUGAAAGAGACGAAACAUUCGCUGUACGCAUCUACAAUGCUUCGGGAAAAGCUAUUGUGAACACUCAGAAACAAGAACUCACCAUCAAUAUUCUGUCCAACGAUGAUGCGCAUGGCCGUAUAGGCUUUGCGCCGAGUUCGCUGACCAAAGUAAACGCCGAACUUGCCGCCGAUUCAACUGUCACGUUUGAAGUGAUUAGAGAGUACGGUAGCUUGGGUCGAGUGGUGGCUUUGUGGAAUGUCUCUGGCAAUAUCAGUAACGGAGAUAUCUCUCCCAUGUCUGGUGAACUCGUAUUUGAUAAUGGGGAAACUACUCAGAAUAUUUCAUUAACGGUACACAGGGACAUGAUUCCUGAGCUUUUGGAAGUUGCUUAUGUCAGGUUUGUGAAUUUGGAUGUUAACUCGAAAUAGGUAAUAUUACGGUGGUCUUUCAAAUUCACCUUCCGUCUUAUUAGGAAAAGUUCCCAAAAAAGGUCCAUACGCUAUAUACGCCGGCCAGAUUACUUCCUUAUUGCCUAGUUUCAAAGCAAACAGGGUUGGGUGCGAGUCCGUUUAUUAUGGGAUAAACAACGCAAGACCCACAUAGUCAGAAAGAGCACAUUGAGGUUAGCAAAAAUCUUAAGUUUGGUGUCAAUCGUGUUACAAUUGUUUUACACGUCUUUUGCAGACUUUUGCGCCUUACUGAGACUGGGUCUGCAGAUUCAAACCGAGGUGCCGUGCUCAACACUGCACGUACUACAGCUAUGCUAGUUAUCCCAGCUAAUGAUGACCCUCAUGGGAUAAUCAGUUGGAAGAACUCUCUUAUAAUUUCUCAAGACAAUGGCCCCAAGAAUGUCACCCUUUCUGUUUCCAUCAUGCGGCAGUUCGGCCUCAUUGGAGACCUUGUAGUGGCUUAUGAAACUGUUCAACUUUCAAGUGUGGCUAACAAUGAUGAGCAACCAGCUGUUGCAGGAGUUGAUUACAAGGCUGUGACGAGUACCGUUGAUAUUUUGGCUGGGAUGAAUUCCACUCACAUAACGUUGGAUAUAUCGCACGUAAGUUAAACGUGGCCGAAAGGCCUUAAGACCUAACCACUAAGGCCCCGUCCACACGUAUCCGGAGAUUUUUGUAUCCGUAAAUUUUUUUAUGCGGAUACAAAAAUAUCUGCGUCCACACUUAGCGUAUACGAAUCGUAUACGACCGUCCACACGUAUUCGAUUCGUAUCCGGACAUCUCAAAGGAUUAGUCAACAGAGCAUGGAAAAUCUCGCGCGGAAAAAGACUGGUUCUGAUACUGUGACGUCAGCGGAUACGAGCGUCCACACGUAUCCGGAUACACAGCGUAUACAGAAAUUUCCACUCUGGAGAGCGUCUACAGAAAUCUCCGGAUACACCGAGCGUAUACGGCGGACACGUGAGGACGCUAGGUGUAUCCGCAUAAAAAAAUUUGCGGAUACAAAAAUCUCCGGAUACGUGUGGACGGGGCCUAAUAAACUUAAGCAAAGACGUUUUUGAGCGACACACGUCAACCGGAAGUGGCCUUUUUUCAUUCUUAAGAGGUAUUUUUGCCAUUUUUUUUUGACAAAUCGUCUCUAUAAUGAGAAAGAGACAAUUUGGUAUUGUCAAUUUAUUUUAAAAUGAAAAAGAUCUCACUUUUGGUUGACGUGCAUCGCUCAAAAACGCCUUUGCUUAAGGUCCCUACUCAUUCAGUAAAAUGGUGACCAUGGAAGAAACCAAAGAUUCAACCCCGUUAUGUUUUCAACGUUUAUGCUACCAAAUUUUUAGCGCCGAGAAAAUACUUGAUAAAUUGCCUAAAAACCGCAGAGAUAUUCAGAAAAAGAUGGCAGUCCGAGUGCAAGCUCUUCGAGGGAGCAAGUCAGACCUGCUCGCCCAGACCGGAUCGUAAGCAACAUCGACGGCGACGGCUACGAAAACGUCACUUAAAAAGUGAAGUCGCACUGCUUCAAACUUUAUCGCGCUUAUUCCAUAUUGUUCAAUUCGUCAAAUGUUGGCAAUUUUUUCUGGAGUUGAAUUCUAAAAUACUGAAUCGAAGUUCAGGAAAGGAAAAAGAAAAUCGUCUUUUGUUCACGUCCUGCAUAAAACGUGAAAUUAUGCAUUUUCACGUCGUAGUCGUGCAGUGACGGCAAAGGAAUGUACAAAAAAAGGGUGUUGGACGUGCACAGUUGUUGUUUUGCCGAUCUAUUGCUUCUUUUGCCGUUCUCGUUGACGUCGCCGUCGUCGUUGCAUAAGCUCCCUAAUGCUAAAACAGUCACCAGUUUAGCAGUGAAAUUUGUCUGGUAUUUUAUAGCUUGAUAACCAAGUAGAACACUUUGUUGUUUCUUAAUCUCCUGUUCAAUCGAUGUGAUUCAUGCUCUAUGUUCUUCAUUCUUUCUAGUAUACGAACACACUAAUCAAGAAAAUUUUCCAAGUGAAUCUCACUUCAGUGACCCUCAAGCAAGGUUCCAUGGUUUCAAAUUCCCCACGUAUUAAUCCCAACUCUCGCUUACUGGAAGUAGUUAUUGCCCAACCCAAUCAAACAGCAGGAGAACUUAACUUCGAUGUUGCUGCCUUGCUUGACCCUGCCACGCAAACCAUUAUGGUCGACGAGAAUGUGGGAAUGCUGAACAUCACAGUGCAGCGAACUGGUAGUCUUUCAGGAACUGUCGGAUUCCGGUUCAUCAUUCGUCCUCUAAUUUCGAACAUUUAUGCUGCGGCAAACAACUCAGAUUUCUCUCCAAGCGAUGGAACUGUUAUGUUUGCUCCUGGGAUUUCCAGUGUGAUGUUUAACAUCAGCAUAGUCAACGACAACGUUCCUGAGAUUGAAGAAGGAUUUUACGUUCAAAUUAGUCGGCCUCUUGGAGGUGUCCAGAUAGGCCCACAGAGCAAAGUCGAUGUCAUUGUUAAACCUAAUGACGAUCCCUACGGACGAUUUGGGUAUGUAAUAAUUUAAUCGACUGAGAAUCAUUUGGGAGAAAAAUCACCAUGAGUACUUCACCCUUUGACUCCAUUGUGUUUUCCUUAUGAAAAUUCAAGAUAGCUGCGUCACCAGUGGUCAUAAAAAAUCAUGCCAUGUGAAGGCACUGCUGAAGAGCUUUUUGCUUAUGAACAGAUGAAUGGUUGUAGAAUUGUCCACCAACUUAGACGUUAACCCUUCGUUACUGUAUAUGGUCGUAAUUUAUGAAAUUUCUUUUCUGUUUUGAAAUGUUGGAACGAUUGGAAAGAAACAUUGAAAUGUGUUAGUUGAGCCGAAUGAAGGUUACUUUAGGUAGUUUGCACUGUUUGGUUUAUGAAUGUGUCGGGUUGCGCCCUUCUUCAUCAUUCACCCUUACUUUCCAACCAAUCAUUUAUCAUUUGUACAAGUCUGUGUGAUACUUACUAAAGCUGAGCUAAGCUAAACGUUUUCAAUAGUGGGUAUCUGCCUGCUGUAAGAGUUUAUGUAUUCCGUGAUAAUUCAUGGUGAACUGCUUGUUUGCCCUUUAGCUUUACCAAGGCCAUCUCUGACGGAAUCAACGUCGUACAAGAAGGAAACACUUUACGACUUGAAGUGAAGAGAGAGCGUGGCACUUACAGAGAUGUCCAUGUUAACUGGAAAAUUGUCCCUAAUGCUGGCAUUACCAACGCUAAUUCUCAAAUAUCACCAAUGAAUGGCUCUAUCAUGUUUAAGCAGGUGAGUUAAAGGUUUAGAAGGUGUAAAAAAAAAAUUGCUUGCUUAUAGUGGAAAGUGCACUUAGCUUAUCCUGCUAGUUUACAGGCACUCCACUCAAAUAUUUAGAAAGAAAUAUUUCAGAUACAACAUAACAGGAUUAGAAACUCCAACUAGCAGGGGGGAGCCAGUUGGUUAUUUGCAAACGUGGCUGUGGUUUUGAACUCGGGACAACCGAGAGCAGAUCCAGGAAGUGGCUAGAGCAGGACUCGAAACCGGGACUGCCGGAUUGCGAGUCCAACGUGCUGACCACUUGGCCACUCUGCCUCCUUAAGGGAGUAAAUAGAGAAAAGACACUAUUGUUUGCCUAACCGACUCUUCUCUGUAGACUAUCAGUAAUCAUGAGUUAUGAUCUGCACGCAAUUAUAGUUAGGAUUUUUGACAAGUUAAAUGUUCAAAUAAAGGAGAAGUAUCAAAAUUAGUAUCACAACAAAAAUUCGUUUUAAGAACGCUAUCUGGUUAAAAGGCACAGGAGAGGUGAAGAGAAAAAGCUUACUUGCUUAGGGAAGCCGAGGCAUUUCUAUUAUGCAAGAAACUAAAUUUCUGAGCGUAAAUCCAACAGACUUCUUUCCUACCUCAUUCUUGCAGGGCGACAAGUCACAAUUUAUUGUGCUCCAUGCAGUAGAUGACUCAGUAGCUGAAGAAGGGCAAUCAUUCACUUGUCAACUUGUUUCUGCUGAUAAUGGCGGAGUUCUCGACUCAGAGCUUGAUGAAGCCACCGUUUAUAUCCCAGCCAAUGACAGAGUUGAGGGAGUUGUGUCAAUUGAUCCAUCAGCAAGGAAUAUAAUAGCAGGAGAACCAAUGCAAGGAUAUGAUGGUGUUUUUGUCGUACGGUUAGUGAAGAAACAAGACGUUUACGUACCCUUUUUUCAUAUUAGAUCUACAGUCAAACCCCGCUUUGCGGACACCCGCUUAUUACAGACACCUCAUUAUUACGGACAGUUUGCUUUGUCUCUGGGGAAAGAAAACCCUUAAAUUUUCUUUAAAUUCAACCCGCUUAAUACAGACAAUCCGUUAAUACGGACACUGUAUAUGGCCUCCUCACUGUCCGUAUUAACAGGAUUGGAGUAUAUCUAAUUUGGUUGUUUGUUGACCUUUUCCAUUUUAAGGAACUUUUACUUUCAAAUUUUAUUUGAUAUGAAGGCAUGUUCCAAGCUCUCAAAAGUCUCUUGAACCUGUUGAGACGAGAUUUAAUUGCCGGAUGGGAAGUUAUGGGGACAGCAGGAAUGACAUCAAAAGGAGAAUGUUUGCAUUCAUUUACGCAAUUAACGACAUAAGGAUUAACCCUGGGAAAAAAUCAAGCCCUCAGACGGGAUUACAGCUAGUUCUAAAAUUGUAUUGGAAGGCGGGUACCGAAAUUCUCGAAAUCAAGGUUGCGGUUCGUAUGAUCCUGUGGUGAAAUACGUCAUUGCGGAAGUGGCAACUAAUAGAUCUCUUUUUAUGAAAUGCCGCAAAUAACGUGUUAUGGUCAUUUGGUCUCUCAAAGGGAAUAAACUACCACUGUUGUGCAAAUUCUAGAGUGCAAUUUGAGUAUUUAGUGAAAUUCGUACUGUUUUAAUCAAUCCAUUGUUUUAGGUUGCAGCGUCGGAUUGGUCAGUCUGGCAAUGCACAGGUCACGUGGGAAGUAACGUCUCAAACUGCUGGAGUCGGACCAAGUCCCGCCAGUACAUUUAACGCAACUUCGGGUUCAGUGACUAUGCCGAGUGGAGUGGAGACAGUAUUGCUUCCACUGAAGGUGAGUAAUAAAAAUUCACUAGUGUAGAGCUUUGAAAUUUCUUCAAUCUGAAUGUGAAUCUUAAUCUUUUACAAUGGGCUAAGGAUAACAAAGGGUUUUUUCAACAGGUUUAAGAGGUCACAUCUGUAGGUUGUAAUUGGUUGAUUUCGAUCCAUGUUGUUUAUUUGAUUUCGUAGUAAUUAUUUCUGACAACCAACUUUCUCGGAAUGUAUUGUUAUUUUCGUGUAAUCUGAUUGGUCAACUUUGUCCUGGUGUCCCCAGUUAUAGAAGACGCACUGAAGGCUCGUUGUAUUUAGUGAACUCUACCAAAAAGGUUAGAGAAAGAGAGUUUCGAAAUGUCUCUAAACACUCUGAAGUUCUGGGUUAAAAUAGACUGUGCCACUUUCAACCCACAUCUUGACUCACUCGUGUUCUUCUUGUUUCUUUUUAUUCCUCGCUGGUUAGGUAAGAGAUGAUGCAACAGCAGAGGAACUGGCAGUCUACACCUUCACUCUGACGGGCGCAACUCAGACGGUUCUUGAUCCAUCACAGAGCGCCCGCAGAGCCACAAUCACAGUGGUCGCUAGUGAUGAUCCCUAUGGAAUUGUAGAGUUCCAGUCUGCUACGCCUUUAAAUGUCAGCGAGGAUAUUGGCUUUGUAAAUCUUACCGUUCUGAGAAAUGGAGGAAGCAUUGGCCAGUUAUCUGUGAACUAUAGUGUCUCGUCAGACACGGCCACUGAAGGAGCCGACUAUGAAUCGUUUGGCAGCGGUAGGUUUUUUUUAACGUUUCCACUUCUGAAAAUAGCAAUUGAAAAGAUACAAUGUUUGAAACGAAAGAUCUUAUCUAAAAUGUGUUUGAAUUGUGUUGGGCGAGACAUGAAUAAUAUCUCUCGUUUGAUAAGCCGCCAUGAUGGAUUCCCUCCUGUCCGUUGUACUGCAUUACCCGUACUUCCGCGACAAGAUGGCUGUCAAACAUUUUAAAGGUUAACACUUGCUUCAACUUUAGAUACCGUAUGUGAGUUACGCAGUGAAGUAUUUCUUUAUCAGCCUAGUGCACCUUAACACAACCAUAUUCGCCGCUUUAGAAACGAGAAGGAAACUGGAGCCGAAAUGCGUCUCCGGCUAGCUAUUGGCCAAUUCAUAUUUUUCCCUGUCCCUAGUAACCAUCCGAGAAGUCUUUUCGAAAAUUAUUUUGGCCCAGUUCCCUUCUCGAUCCUAAAAUGGCGAGUAAAUUAGGAAGGAACCGGCAGAAUAGAGCUAAGAAUUAAUACAAGAAAGCCAGCCAAGGGCAAGAGCUGAUCUACAGUGCUGAGAGAUCGGAAACAAUGUUAAGUUUUAUUCAUCUUCUGACAGCUAUGUAUGUAACGUAACUUCUAGAGGUUCGAGUGACUACAACCUAAUUUUGGUCACAGUAAUUGUGACCUUACGUAUGAUUCGUUGCUGGAGUAAAUACGCUGUACAACUGACUUUCCUUUUACCAAAUAUUUGACAGUUCUCAUUUUCGCUGAAAGAGAGGAUCAGAAAACCAUCUCUGUUUUAAUAAAGAGAGACAACAUACCGGAGCUGUCAGAAACUAUCAAAGUCCAGCUUCUUGGCGUGCAGCUCAUCUCUGCUUCACCCUUUAACUACAGCGUGAUAGAUGGACUCCAGCUGAAUACUCCUCCAACGAUUAAUUCAGCUAAGAGCGAGGUGCAGAUCGUCAUUAAAGAAAACGACGAGGCUCGUGGCAUUAUUCGCUUUACCCAGAGUGCUAUGGUUGUUAGAGAGAAGAUUGGAACUGCUGUUCUCCAGUUGGUUAGAGAAGGUUGGUUGAUGGUUACAAAGUUAGUGGUUGUUUCUCUUUGUUUUAUACCCCAUUCACACCGACUAAACAUGUUGAAUUAAACGAGGUUAAAGAAAAAAUGAACAACAGACAUGGAAAACGGGAAUACAGGUUUUCACCUAGGAUUGCAGUUAAAUUCAACAUGUGAAAGGUUUGAACCCAGGAGUCAUUUCAAAAGUAGGUUGAGUUUGAUCGUCCGGGUGAACGCAGUCCUAAAGAGGACUGUUGUUGUUGAUAGUGACUGACGUUUCGACAACCUGUGCGGUAGUCAUCUUUAGAGUCAAAGUGAGUUGUAUCACGUCAGUUGAUGGUAUUAUACUCUGGUUAUUGAUCUGAUUGGUCAAUUAUGUGGCGAUGUUAUUAUACUCUGGUUAUUGAUCUGAUUGGUCAAUUAUGUGGCGAUGCUAUUGGUCGUCUGUCAGUUAAGCCGUGAUGUUAUUGGCUAUGAAGACUCGUAAUCAGUAAUUGGUGCGUUUCGAUCCGUCUAUUGUCACAGUUAAACAGUCGUCUAUUGUUAGUCAAAUUGUCAGUUCUCCAGUCGUUCUCUCGUAGUUAGUAUAAUUUGCACCAAAUUACGUAAAUUUGUUAUGUAAUUUGCACCAAAUUAGCCAUCAACUUAAGUCAGUAAGCAGCUUUAAUAAAGAAAACAAUUAUAAACGCUGUUUAACUAAACAGCUUUUUAACAUGUUUAAGCUUUGUAGACUUUUUUUUGUGCCAAGUAUACAGUGACUGUAAUCCUUGUUCUUAAGAUCAAAACAGUCCUUACCUUUGUAAUACGGAAAAGUUCUCUCACCCCCAAAUAAACCAAUAUUCGGUCACACAGUACUUGCAUAUCGUGGACAGUUUCCUUUCUAUAGGCUCGUUCUCAAUUGUUGACUUUUCCAGACCUAAGGGGUAAAGGAACAUUUUCAAUCUUCGUUUGAAGCUGUUGCGGCAUAAGUGGGCAAAAAUCGUCUCGUUGGGCUAGCCUCAUAAAGUUGGUCAAAGUGCAAAAGUAACCUGAUAAGUUAUUCGCUUUGCUUUUUCUGUCUCUUUUCUUAAAACAGGAGGUAGCCUUGGAGUUGUCGACGUUAGGUUUACUGUCCACAACGGAACAGCCUUCCUUGGUGAGGACUUCGCCCUUUCUGGUGGGGUCAUUCAAUUCUCUAGCGGUCAAAGUUCCUCUUCAAUUAAUGUAUCUAUUGUUGACGACGAUAUCCCUGAGCAGCGUGAAUCAUUUACAGUCACGCUAGACUCCGUGACAGGGGGAGCCAAAUUAAGCCCUCCUACUACCGUCACCGUUACCAUAGAAACGAGCGAUGACCCCAGUGGAUUGUUUGGAUUUGUGAAUGCCUCUCAGCUGUCGCUCAAAAACCCAAGUAUCUCCAAAGAUAUCAGUUUUAUUAUCGAACGAGAAGGUGGAGCAGAGGGAGAAGUUGAGGUAAGAAACUUGAAUUGAAAGUAACGAAGAAAUGUUUUAGGUUUUAAUUACCCUAGUGCUACCUGGUUUACUUACUUUCUACCAUGGGAUUUUAGUGAAAGAACCUUUGUUAAUACAAUUUGUAUGAAGCACCGCAACAACGUGCAAGAAGUGGAAAAAAAUUUGAUUUAUAUCACAAACUCAGUAGCGUGUAAACUAAAACUCUUAAGUGUUUUGUUUUUUCGCUGUCAGAUUUACACUAAAAAUAGGAGCCCAUCGCCAAAGAGCGUGCGUUCCCCACAAAUUCCAACAAAACUAUCAACCUCGGCUUCGCUAGGGCCUUUGACCUUUGCUUGCCGAAGGAAUGAUUUUCUUCAAUGUUUCAUCAGUCGGCAGAACUUUUACAGGACCAAAGCAGGGGAUGGUGGAAUAUGGAUUUUGCACCCUUGGCAGCGUAUUGCUCGUUCAUGGUAUAACGAGGGUCAUUCUGGGCAGUUGUCAAGGUGUGCAAGUUCCUCGUAUGAUAUUUUGGAUAACCUUAACACAUUCCUUUAUUCGCACUCUAGGUGAGCUGGAAGUUAGUUCGGCUCCACCCUCCAUGUAGUAGUUGCGUGUUGUCCGAAGAUUUUGAAGGACCAACCAACGGAUCAGAACUGUUUCCUAACGGUGUCAUGGGAGCUCAAAAGACUGUUAAUUUGCGUGUGAGACCUUUCCUUGGUAAGUGUUCUUCAGUAUUGGUUGGUCACCUAAGGGUUUAAAAGUAACAGUAGUUGUAACCCUGUGCCAAGUAGAUUUUUGGUUCUGCAUUCAUUUUGACUACAAAUUGAAACGUCUUUUUUUCUUCUUCUUUUUAAAAGGGCAUGACGAACCUGAAGAACGCUUUGUUCUAAUGAUUUACAUAGUUUCUGGUAACGGGUCAAUUGAUAGUCUGCAAUCUAAUGUCACCAUAACUAUCGCCAAGCAUGGCUUUCCCAAUGGCGUGUUUAAGUUUGACAAUACAGCCACGCUGACGUUUACUGAACCAGAUAGCGGCGUGUCAACAAAACAUUUCCGUGUGGUGAGAGAUGAAGGCAGACAAGGAACAGUCAAUGUGAGUAUUGUACCCAUUGGGCCAGUUAUUUAAACGGAGUUUAGCUAGUGUUAAAACCGCAUUCUAAUCCAUUGUCAGUUUGUCCAACGCGUUUAUGUAAACACCAAUUAUCGUAAACAGUUUCAUGAAAGCACAUAGCGUAGACUAUUUGUCUUCUAGAAAUAACCCACUAAGGAAGAUAUCUGGAGGUCCAAAGAUUUCCUAAACCGUGGUCUAAGUCGUUUUAACCGACCCAAUAUUAAAUUUUAAAUUAAAAAGUAAACCUCGCACAAGGACUAUUUCGUUGCUGCAACCGUCCGAAUAAAGGUCCUCUGAAAGCAGCCCCUUUCCUUGUAUUUUUACUUCUGCGGGGCGAAUUUAAUUGGUUUUGUGCUAACGUACUAACUCGCUGAGCCUUUUUAAGCGGAAAUUGUUAUUUAAGGCCUAACGUGUACUGAUUUCAAAGACAAGUCACUUUUUGUGGAGUGGGAUUCCUUCUCUGUAACAUGGAGUUCUUCAUCCAGAUUCUGGUCCUUCUGCAGUUUGGUUUACAUGUAUAGCUGCCUAGCAAGAUCGCUGCGCCCCCUCACCUGCACAUACAGAGCCUCUCCUCACUUCCCGAGGCGACUGUAUUCACAGGCUAGUACCACUCCGCCCAGAGCUAUGUGAAUACUGAACUCUUUCACAGAUGAUUUUCGUUGUCUUGCUUGCCUGCGUUUCCAUACAGAGCAUAUUCAUCUCAGUAUUUAACGCAUUGCAACGAAAUAUCAUCCACAGUAGUUGCAAACAUGUGAAACGUUUCCCUAGCUAGCCUGCAUAACAGGCGCUUUAUGAGCUAAGCCAGGCGAACGCGGCAUUUUGCGCGAAGCGCGUAACGAGUGCGAAAUGCCGCGUUCGCCUCGCUUGGCUCACAAAGCGUCUGUUAUGUAGGCUACCUUAUCAUAAACCUCAGCUGGAAACGGCUUACUCCCUUUUACUACAGAGAAUGCGAAUAUUUUAUACUGUCUUGCUGCCUAAAAAGAGUGCGGCAAUAUGAUCCUACACAGCCUAGUGGGUGGUAGCUGUAAUCAAUUCUCCCCUCCGCAUAGAGAGGCACAGCACUAGGACAGAUAUUUGGACAAAGGUGACAGCGAUUAAUCUGCCCUUACCGAGGAUUAAAUUACUUUCCUCCCUUAACAGGUGAAUUGGCAAAUUACUGGUCCCUCAGGAGGGGUGAAGACCACUUCUGGCACGGUAACUUUCCCAGAGAAUGACUUUAUGAAGAACAUUGUUGUGGAAAUCACCUCAGACAAUGUACCUGAACUGGAAGCGGCCUACAGACUGAAAAUCGUGUCUGUCGACGGUGGAGCAGAUAUCGAUCCUGCCCGCAAUAAUCUUACCUUCAUAAUAAGGUAUACUUCGGAUGCUCUUAGCGGUGCAUGUAUGGGUCCACGUGAAAUUGAUGGCCAAUGUCGCUUGAAAUUUCCCUUUUUCGUGAGACCUCUAGUCUCUCUUAGCCCCGGUAUCUGCUAUAUCCAGCCGGUAAGGCGUGAUAAGGCUGAAAUGCAGAAAAACCUGCUUUUAAAGGGAACCCCAUAGUAAAACCUGUUUUAAGGUGACCCCACACCGUAAAAUUCCGAAAAUAAGCCUCGGGGCUUAUAUUUUUCAAAGGUCCCUUUCGAGGGGCUUAUUUUUGGAGGGGCUUAUAUGCACUUUACCCUUGCACACCAUCAAGAAAAAUUCCGUUUUAUAAAAUACUGAAAUUGAGGCGUUCUUAACCUUCAUUUGGAACGUCACACCGUUGUUGAUUCUGAAAACGAAAUACAGAGAGAAAAGCCAAAAAAGAUGUUAGACAUUUUUCUUAAACAUGGCGCCAUUUUUUUUUUUUUAGCAAGUUGCGGUUGUUAACCACUAUAGCUAAAACCAAUAAUAUUUUCUCUCUUGAAAUCUGUUUCAUGAAAUCUGUUUCAAGUGUCUCGAUUGAAGUUUAAUUCCCUUGGUCAAUCUUGUGAUUUUAGUGCUAAUGAUAACCCUCAUGGAGUUUUCAAGCUUCAACUGGGCGCCCAAACAAUUCAAGUCGAAGGGAAUAAUCGAAAAUUACAGUUCACUGUCGAAAGAGAAAUGGGUACAUUUGGUGCAGUGGAUGUGCAGUACCAGGUGCGCCAUUCCGAGUGGUACCCGACGGAAAUGCAAGGGAGUGUUACAGUACCUGAUGGAGAACGCCAGGCAAGAUUACUAUAAGAGGGUCUACUCUUAUUUCCAGGGGUUUUGAUACCAAAGGGUUAUCUCAUUAGAGUUCAAGGUUGAUUCCACUGUUGCAUAAUUUUUAGGUGCUUUCGUACGUGAAUUUCACGUGCGGACGUUCGGUGAUGUUACGGAGAUUUGGCGCUUUUUUGAUAUUUGUCUUCCUACAACCGCAAAGAAAACGUGACCUGUACAAAUCCCGGUUAGCGUUCGUCGCUGUGACUGUAGAGUGCUGACCAAUUCACUUAUAUAGGCAACCUUCGUGAAUUUAAACUAACGAUGUAGAAAUUCCGACUACCAUUCAUUUAAAUUAUGCUUGCUUUGUUAUUUUGUCUUAUUUUAAUAAAUUGUCAGGGGCAUAAUUUUAUGAGAAGGUCUCGAAGUUGAAAUAAAGAAAAUAAAUUAGUCGCUUUGUCUUCAGGUUCUUCAAAAAACGUGACCUUCUUGUUUUGCAGAGAACAACAGAGAAAUGUAGCAAUAAUAGCAAAUGUAAAAGAGACGUGCAGAAGUUUUUUGUUUUUCUACUGUUCUCUUUUCCCUCGCCGUGGUGGUAUCAUACGCUCGAACUAAAACAGCGGGGAAAAAGGACAGCGAGAAAUAUUCCUAUCUGAUUUUUUUUCCCUUUUCUUCUUUGUAGGUCUCUAAGAAUAUUACUUUGUCAGCCUUCUUACGAUUUGGCUCGAGCUUCACUGUCUCACUGACACGUGUUAGUUAUAGCGCCAAUCAAGGUAGGUGUCAUUUCUGACGCAUGGAAAAGUUUAAGAAGAAAGAGAUAAGUUUACAUCAAACGUGCUUUUUGAGAUAGACUGUAACUUCUCUCGGAUUUAUUCCAUUGAUUAGGCUAGAGCUACUUCGAAACAGCUGUGGCCUGGACUGCAUGGUAUGCGGUGUAGUGAGAACAGUCACACCAACAUGGACUGUGUUUGUUUUUUAUCCCAUAGUAGGCCUUAACCUGCCCGUUUGGCAUCUGAAUAUGCCAUUCUAUACUCUAUGCUCUGUAACCUUUCCUGUCUCCUUAGUUCCAGCGACCUCUAUCGCUCCGCAACUUUCAACUGGCUCACAGAGUGACACGACAGAGGUUGUUUUAGUGCCCGAGGAUGCAGCUAACGCCGUGUUUAAGUUCACUGACAACUCUCUGAAGCUGCACGUGGGAGCUGGUAUGUAUUUAGCAAGUAAAACAAAAUAUUUAUUUGUGGUUCUUCACCGAUUUAUAAUCGCUCUCAGCAAGGGCUUUUGUUCAAAUCGUUAGCUCACCGAUUUCUUCAAUAACUACAUUUUUACCCCAGUCGCGGUGAUAAACAUCGUUAUUUUCAGUUUUGCCGUUUGCGCUUUUUUGUUUUUUUUUGUGAUAUAAAAAUGUAUUUUUAAGGGCUGUGUUCUGGAGACGCCAUUGCUUGCUGCAGAAAGUACAGUGUUCGAACUUUGUUCAGUACUGUAUCAUCAGCAACCUAUUUAGAUAGACAUCAUGAUCUGCUGUCGCUUACUAUAUUGUUUUGUCGUGCUCAUAAUACUGUGACUGAGGAAAAAAGAUACAUCACAAAACCUUCGUCGUCUGAUUUUCUUUGUCUUUAGGAAACGUCGUUUCAUCGAUUACUGUUGUUCGUGAAGGCUUGUUCGGCAGUGUGGCAGUAGAUGUCGCCCAGGGAUCCCCUACUGGAACAUUUCCUAAUGACUUUGGCGCGGGGCAGCUUGUCAUAAACGGCAGUCCGCUGUCAUUCACUGGAUCAAGAAGAAAUGUCACAUUUUUCGCAACAGUAAGUUUAGUUUCAAAUCUUCAGUGGCGUAAACUUUUCACAAAUGCGCAAGAUGGCGCGUCGCAAGUGCGCGGCAAAUAUCGUUGUUCAGGCGUCGUGACUGAAGUGACUGCUAUGUUUAAAAAAGUAUUUUUAUUUUUCUUGUUUAGGUACAACCAAUGCUUGUUCCAGAUAGAAAACUUGUCUAUUCUUUGUACCUGGUCACAACUCACACAGCACCCGCUGACCUACCCGGUGGCGCAAACAUUACUUCCGGAGCCAGUCGAACAGCAGUUAUUGAGUACAGCGGUGUUGUCGUCAUAGCACCAGACAGUCAAAGACUUGCAGCGUUGGAAGGGGGAACGGUGAGGGCUUUUGUUGAUAAAAAUUUACAUUAAGCAUAUCUUCCGUGCUCUAGGAAAAAAAAACACUAUAGAAGUGACCUAAAGUUACAUUUUGUCCCCCAAAUGGGGAAGUAAGACCUCUGGGGCCACCAAACGCUGUUAGAGCUCUGCUCUGAGCAUAACGGAGCUUAAACAAGCACUACGACAACUGCGACGUCGCCGUGAAAAACCAAUUGGUUUUAUGACUUAAACAACAGCUUUGCACGGUAUGGUAUGUCUUUAACGUCGACUGCACUAUAGCGACGUGAAUUUUCCCAAUGACACGUUUUGUGCAGGACUUAAAGACGGGACUACGAAAUCUUCCUUUUCCUUUUUGAAUUUGGAUACCAGUGGUCCUUGCGAAUUCAACUCAAGGUAAAUUCUCCUGCAUUUGACAAAUUGAGCAAGUUUGAAAGUUUAAAAGAAAAGGUGGAUUCCUCUCAAAAUGGUGUUUUUACUGUGUCGCCGUGAUAGUUGCUUGAACUCUCAAUUAAAUAGAGUAGCUGGAGUUUACAUGAACAGCGCCGGGUUAACCCUUUGACCCCCAAUAUCCACAUACAAAUUCUCCAAACUGAUCUCCAUCCAUUUCUUUUAAGAAUUAGUUGACAGAAUUUGAUGAAAGGUCAAAGUUUUUUCCCUUUGUGAUCAUUUUGUUAACUCUCAGAACCAUUUCUCUUGGCAACAUAUGGAUAUUGCUAGGAGAAAAUAGAUGUUAGUCACUAUUGGGACUGAAAGGGUUAACUCCGAGCAGUCAUGUUUUUUUCUUUGUCAAUUUAGGUGAAGUGUAAAGCCCUUCGUCAGUAUAGCGUUUUGGGAUCGAUAACAGUUCACUAUACCUUCCUGGGGACACCGGGCUCAUUCAGCAUGGCACAAGGAGUGUUUACUACGGAAUUCAACGUCAAUGUGCCCGACAGCGAUAACAACCCGCAGAAAGAUCGUGUAUUGUACCUCAACCUCACCAGCGUCACUGGAAGUGAGUAAACUUCACUGCAAAUAAAUAAAUUGUUCAGAGUAGUUUAUGCUGGGCUCUCUACAAUGAACGACGCUUACGUAGCAAACUUGAACGAGUUACGUUUCUGUUGACACGCCGCCACUCGGCAACUUUUUCCUUCUCUCCCGCCCCUUAAUUUACCUCAUAGCCCCCCCCCCCCCAAAAAAAAACAGUAUUGUGAUUUUUCCUGUUUGUCACAACAAUCGCUCCCAUCUUCUGUCACUAAUUUUGAUUUUAUCAAAUGAUCGAAAGUUUCUAAAGUUUGGGAUGUUUUGCGAAUAACCUUGGCAGUCAAAGAUCGAAAAGUCUCUGGGUAAGUUCUUUUUAAUACCGACAGUAGUUUGAAAGGUAACAUUUCUUUUCUGAAUCAUUCUAUCUGCAGGUCAUUCUCCACGUCUUGGCGUGAACAGGACUGUGCGCAUAUCAGUUACAGACAAUGACGAUCCGCAGGGAGUGUUUAGCUUCCGGAACCCUCGCAUAACAGUACCAGAGAACGCAACAAGCGGAAAUUCACGCAUGGUAGAGCUAGAGAUCCAACGAACCAAAGGAACCUUUGGCGCUGUAUCUGUUCUUGUGAGGUCCGUGGGUGGAGGGGAGCCGUGGAACCCAAGCCUUCAGUCCCUAAAGUCAGCUGUUCAGGGGAAAGGAGGAGAAAAGAACGCUACUAUUGGUCUUGACUACGUUGAGCUUUCAGCAAGAGUGAAUUUCCCGGUAAGAAUUUCCCGUAACUCAAUCUUAGUUGCUAGUAUAACGAAAAUUCACCCAAGUUUUCGUGUAAACUACGUUAUUGUGUGGUUUAAUAAAAUUCGAGCAUGCAAUAUACAUACGUUAGAAAAUGACAGGAUACUUUUACACGAAUACAAUUAAAACUACUUAGUUAAAUAUGUACAUUCUUAGGUAGAAUGUAAGAGUUAAGAGUUUAGCGAUGUACAUUUUAAACAGAUAGUUUUUAAAGUUCUUUGGCUAUUAGGACAGUUAACGGCUGAAAAAAGUAGUGAAAUAUAAAUUAUGCGCACGAAGUAUCUUUUUUGAAAGAUGACAAAAACGUACAUUUCUUGAUUUCAAGAGGCAGAGUAUUCCAAAGAAUGACUACACGAUUAAAGUAGGAGUCCCUAAAGUUUCAGUUUCAUUUAGGUUGGUUUUGGUUUUGUUUAUGUGUUCCGAAUAACACUAACACAGUUACACUUUCGUUGAUAUCCAAGAAGCGCUUAAUGCUGGUGGUAAUGUCCCUCGAAUAUGUGAUGUUUACAAUUCGUUGUAGAAUGAAGAACCCGUUCCAGCAGAAGGACAAGUGAAAAGGGUGCAACUUGAGAUUAAGGAUGACCAAGUCCCUGAACCUGACGAAGUUGUCAUAGUUUACUUAACAGAUGCCACAGGUGGUGCUAGGGUCGCCAGCGAUGCUGACAGCGGUCUUCAGGUGAGUUGAAAUAGAAGUAGUUUGAGGACAGUAGUUGGCAAUGGUAUCCGUCAUAGAGGGAGCUUCUUCGGUGUUUGAUACUUUAACUGAAUCGCUUCAAGUGACCACGGUGAAAGUGGAUUGCAGCUUUAUAAAAUUGGGCAAGUUAUCCCACGAUGUCACCUUAGUCUUGACGGCGUGGAUUAUGGCUUACUGCCUCCUUCACUUCCCUCGCCUUGCCGUGUUGUCGAAUUGCACUAUUGCUCUGUUUUGGGGAACGAAUUUUGACCUUGUCUUCCGCGCAGCGUCUUAACUGCCAAUAAAAAAAGGAUACCGUCCGCAAAACGUCCCAUCGUGCAAUUCGAUACAACACCUACUCAGAGUCAAGCGCAGGCUCAAAAGGGCCAACAUCACCUGACUGGUUCUCGUAAGUGGAACAAAGAAUGAACGUUUUAUCAAAUGCGGCGUAGGAUUGAUUGACUGACUGACCGCCUGCCUGCCUGCCUGACUGGCUGACUGUCUUUUUAUUUGUUUGUUUUUAUUCUUUAGUCGUGGGCUGCCAUCACAAUCCAAGGCAAUGACUUGAUGAACGGAGAGAUUGGAUUUGUGCCAGGAUCGCAGACGGUAACAAUUGAUGAGGACGGAUCUAGGACCGGUAAGCAUGGACCGAGUUGUUCAAAGCUGGGUUAAGAUAUCCCAGGAUAACUUAGUGCGACAUUUGAAUUAAGAUGUGAAAGCUUAAAAAGCAUUUCAGCUUUAAUUCUUUUUGUCUACAAGUUGAUAAUUGGAAGCUGGUUCUUAAAAUAUCACAGAAAAUUAUCCGAGAAAAUGUUUUUGAACGCAAGAUAAAGAAACGCGGGUUAAUUUUAUUAACCCGGGUUAAGCGCUAAUCGGCCUUCGAACAACUCGGCCCUGUUGUAUAGGCGCGAAUCUAUUGUUAGUUACCCAGGCAACUUGUAGGAACGCUGUUUUGAACGCUAUUACAGUGAGUAUCCUAUAAAAAGCGUGUAAAUAUUUUUCUCGGUUUCAGGUGUUCUCAAAGUCCAAAGGACGAAAGCAACAUUUGGUACCGUUCAGGUAUGUUUACUAUUUGAUCUUGAAUAAAUAGCGUUUUGUAGUGGAGCGUGGGCAAUAGCUGUGUUUUUCAAAGGCCAGUGAAAUGAAGGGUUUCUGACAGGUUCGUGGAUCAUGGAAUUUUAUUUCUUCUGUUCCUUAGACAAGAAACUUCUACCAAACAAGUUAUUUAUAAGAAACCUUUUCCUGUUAAUUACAUGUGUUUGAUAUGUCAUCUUUCAUUUAUCCUCUGUUCUUUUCUCCAAAUAAUAUCCUUGUUUUCUCUCCUUCUCUAAAGUAAGAAUAAACAGUCUUUAGUUCUUGUUGAUACUCCCUAUCUUGGUCUGUAGUACAUUUUGAUCUACUCGAUUCAGCUCUUUCAAAUAUCUCUUUUCCUCUUCUCUACUUCAUGACUUCUUCUCAGACUUCACUCGCAGUAGACAAUUGCCUAACUGGUUGUCUACCAGGCAUUCUGAAGGUAGGUAGCAUAGGUAUACUUAUCUAUUCGUCUCUUGGAGUCGUUCAAUACUUAUUUUUCUCUCUCUUAUUCAUUCAGUUGUUAACCAGACGUUUAUCCUGUCUUUCACCUCUAAAUGAGUUGGCUUUUAGGAUUUAUCUUAAAAGCAUUUGAGUCGACUUUGUUUGUCUCCUCUACUUUGUUUAAGUGAGGAUUAGGAUUAUGUCAUGUAUCUCGUGUUUAUUCAAUCCAAGGCCACCUAUCUGCCAUGAAUGCUGGAAUUAGCGCCCAGUGCCCCCACCCACCCAACCUAUACCUUCAAUGAGUCGAAUAUGACUUAACACAUAUAACUCUGGGGAAUGACCCAGUGGAGCACCUCACACACUCGGGUGAUGAGGUGCUUCUACUCUGGUUAUAGUGCUUGAUAAGUUAGUGACAACAGAACGUCAAAAGCUGACUAAAUGAACCACACCUGCAUACACCAGUUUGAAUGUCAUCCUAAGUUUGAAAUACUAAAGAAGCAAGUGAGUGUCCUCAUCAAAUAAGGGCCCCUUUGAAUUAGCGCAAUCCUGUCGUCUCAACAAAUUAAAUAUACAUUUCGGUGGAAGAUGUACUUAUUUAAGGUCUGUUUACACGUAGGUGGGGGACUCCAGGUAGGUGAGUGGGGUAACCCGCCUUCCUAUAAAAUCUCUCAUUUGACUUUGAUCACUUUUACAUGAUAGGUGAGGUGAACAUAUGAUGGACAAUAUGCACAGCCUGUUACCCCACCGAAGCGGGUUACUUCACCUACCCGGGGCCCCCACCUCCAUGUAAACAGGGCCUUAAUGGAUACAACGACACAUUAAUAAGUAGAGACUAGAGAGAGCUGCUUAAAAUUUUGAUAUUUUUCAACUUGUGCAGGUAUCAUGGAGUGUUCGUGAAAGUAACUUCCGUGAUGAAGUAGAGGCGUCCCAGGGAAUAAUUACUUUUUCGUCUGGAGUUCGCGAAACAGACCUUGUGAUCCGAUUGCGGGAUGAUAAUGUAAGUCGAUAUUUAAUUAUUCUCCAUUUGCUUUCUUUCAUCAUAUAGUUUAGACCCUGUUUACAUGGAGUGGGGGACCCCGGUCUAGUGGGGUAGGUUUCUUUUGUUUUGUGUCCCCCAGAGCGUGAAAACAAAAGAAACCAACCCCACUAGACCGGGGUCUUCCACUCCAUGUAAACAGGCCCUUAAUUAUCGUAUUGCUGAACCGGCCUGUUUCUUCCUUUCUUUGGCCCUUAUUUCCCUUGGGUAUUACAUAAUACUGAGACGGGUGUAUUAAUUCUUAAAGGAGCUACGUCACGCUAUUGUCUCUCUUUUUGAAAAGCUAAAACGUUUUUUAGAUGGAUUGAAAUCCAAAAAUCCCCUUCAAUUUUCUUAAGUUACCCACAUCAACUAUCUCCCAACAAUAUAAAUACAUCAUCAAGGGAAAAUAAUAUGAGAAAUAUGAGCAAACAUAAAAUGCGUUAACUUUUUUUACCAAAUUUUCACAACCAAUUCUUUAAAAAAUUGUGUGGAGAUCAGUUUGGAGAAUCUGGAUAUUGGGGCUUUACUAAAAAAAGGCUACGGCGUUAAAGGAUUAGAAUUUACGGAGAGAAGUUUUAAGUACAAGCCAGCUUUUAAAACUUAUUUUCUUCUUACAGUUCAUCAGGACGAUUUAUUCAGUUUGCAAUUUGAACUUUGGAUUCGCCGAAACAUGGACAAUUGCUUUACAUUUAGGUCAUGUCAAAUGUUGCAGGCCGGUUAAGGGUAUUCAGGGUCGAGUAAUGGAUGUAUGGAGUGGUCAUUACCAAGAUAAUGCCCUAAUGGCUCAUUUUUUUUCUCCUCUAGGUACCUGAGCGCGCUGGCCAGUUUCAUGUGGAUCUUACUGAAAUAAUAAGCGGCAGCCAGGCUCGCAUUAAUAGCCAGGCCCGGUCUGCCGUUCUCAAUGUGCUCGACAGUGAUUUUCCCAACGGCACCAUCGCUUUUAGCAAAGAUUCAAUGUAAGUAUUUUCUUCUGUGUUCCCGUGUAUCGUGGAGGGCUGUUUUCAAAAGGUCAAAGGCCAGUUUACAAGCGAGUUAAAAAAUGCACGUUCGUUGCAAAAAUUUUGAGAGCUAAGGAGACUUAAAUGACGUUGGAGGAAGGAGGAGAGAGGGGGUGUUAGAUUAAAUCUGGAUCUCAUUAAUUGUAACGGUAGCCGUCUUGCAAAACACCACUUUGUUCUUGUUCUUCCAGUCACUUCAUGUUCUAGGCCAAGGAGCAUUUUGUUUACGAAAGAACAAAUACAACUAAAAAUUUGAACACAACAACACGCAAUUAUCGACUGAAAUAAGCUUUUAAGAGUGCUCUCUUUAACUACUGAAGUUUCCAUAAUUCAACAGCUGAUAAUGCUGACCGUUUUAUAAUUAUAUUCACCUUCAGUUUCAAAGCUGUGGACAAGACGUCAACCGAAGUGCAGGUUGAAGUCAGACGUGGUCAAGGAACGGACACUGACGUCACAGUGUUCUUCAAGACACGUGAUCUGGCUGUACGUGUCAACACGAAACCAGGCGUUGAUACUUACCAAGCUCUAGCUGGGGAGGAUUAUACAGUACCAACUACUAAGUCUGUUAGAUUUGCUAAAGGAGAGGUGAGUAUAUUGUUCUUCUCGGGUAACUACCAUAACAUUGUCAAGAAAUAGUCCAAGCAAGUACCUUAUAUUAGGUAGCAUUUGCUAAAGACGAAACUAAAUUCUGGUUAAGUCCGUCUGCGAAACAGCGCCGAAAUCCUUGUUCUAGGCCCCUCCUGUGUACCAGGAUUUGAGUAGGCGCCAUGAUUGGUUUGUUAAAAAACCGUUGUCGAUUUGCCAGUCAGGUGGAAAAGGAAAUCAAAACGCAUUUCCGGUAGUUUCUUUGAGUCCGCGGGGGCCCAGAACAAGGAUUUCGGCGCUGCCUCGCAGACUUCACUAACCGCGGUUUGAGUACGUCUGCAACGCAGGUCACGUGAGAGGGGACUCCUCAAAACCGGCUAAAAGACACUUGCUAAGCAGUCAAACACAAGAAUGUUUGCAUUAUAUUAGGCCAGGAGAUAACUCUGAAUGAUAGUCUCUGAAACCAAUCGUGUCAUUUUAAUGGGUGUGGUAAGGCAGCUUAGAACACGCCCCCUCCACCAGUAUUACAGUGGUUGGUAUUCCGGACGCGUCCCAAUAUGUGAGUUAGAUUGUUUUUGAUUCUCGUCCUUGCUUCGACAGGUUUUUCUUUAAGCACUUUGGUCUUCUCCUCUUCAAACCAACACCUCCAAAUUCUUUUUCUAUUUGAAAUGCAGAAGCACCUUCUAAGAGUUUCAAGCUGCUCUGAAAGGAUGCCACGUUACUUCCAAGCGUUUGAUAUCCCUCAAAAUUUUUAACAAAUUAAUUAAUCUAUUGCUUUCUCUUGAAUUUCAGGUAUCUAAGUUUAUUUCCAUCACCUUAACACCUAAAUCCGCCUCCGCGACAAAGUACCCUAAAGCCUUUGAAGUUGUCUUACUGAACGUCACCGGAGGGGCAAAGUAAGUCCACUUACUUUAUGUGAGAUCUUGCUUGGAUGAAUUGCUAUUGACAGUAGUUACAGUGCGGACACUCAAACCGGAACACUAGGAAGAAGGUUGUCCAAUCACAACGUUUUAUGAAAACAAAAUAUUCUCAUGAUUUUUUGCAAAAGGACCAAAUUCAAGGUUCAACUAUGCACCCGUGAAAACGUUAAAACCUGUUAAACUUGCCUGACCCGUCAGGAAACAGCCCUCAAAUUUAUGAAUGUUAUUGAGAGUCUUUUGUUUUCAUAAAACGUUGUGGUUGGACAGUCUUCCCCUAAGUGUCCCGGUUUGAGUGUCUGACUGUAAUGGGAUAAUGAACAAAUCAAAGUGAAAUAGUCCGCGUUUCACUCUGAAUAGUCUGCUUUCUAUAUCGUCCCUGGCCAUGUUCAUAAAGACUAGGAAUAACAGUAUUUUCCGUUGUUCUCCUCACUCAGAAUUAUUCAAGAAUUCAACACCUCGAUGGUGAUCAUAUCGGACAAUCAGGAGACCACAGAAUUCCUCAAACUACGAGCCUUAGCUAUCCAAACACCUCUCACGGAUGACGACAUAUAUCGGUGAGUAGCUUCUUGUACUGUAUGUGUUAUCGAUGUUCUCACUAAAGCUCCUGCGGACACGGAUGUUGUAAUAUUUGGCCAUUUCAUUCACUGUGAGAUUCAUAGCUUAAAACUGUGUUUGCUCUCUCCGUCUUGUUAGACAAGAAAUUUUGCUCCACAUCGUCUUCUCAAGUGUAGUCAUUGGCACAUUCUCAGUGUGUUGUGUUCUCACGCAAGAAUCCUUGCCCCAUUUACCUCCGCUAAGGUCUCUAAAACCAACUUACUCCUAUUUCUUUUCUUACGCAAGUUUGCAGGCGAGUAGGGAAGAAAUCGGGUGUGAUGAGUUCAAUUGAUGCUCAAGUGACAGAGGGGGUUUUUUCUUGUUUUGCAGAAUUCUCUCCGAGCUGCAUGUCAGCGUUCAGAAAACAUUGGAUGAAGACCGACUUCAGCUAUCACGUGACACGAUUAAUGCCAUUUUAAGUUACAAGAAGAGCCUGGAAACUCCUGCAAACCGAAAGUAAGUGCUUAAAUACAAAAAUUUACACCCACGAUGGCUUAACAAACUUUCUCGCGAAACGCUACUUAAAGAAACUCCCCACGCUGCCCAAAACAUAUGUCCUGUGAACGGUGUGGCGAACUACGGAGAAUGCGUCUGCAGACCGGCAACUGGCACAAGUUCAUUUCUCAUAGCCACACGUUGUAGUCGUAGGGUACAGUUGAUUUUAUUAGGAUACAUCUGCCUGACUCGUACUCACUAAUCCAUUUAUGUUGAGUGUCUAGUGUCCGGUGAAGUUGAUCCGCCCUUGCCAGUCAUUAGUACUCCUUAUGAUCAGGAACCUCUUUUGAUAAAAUGGCGUGUAACACUAACAGAUUUAGCGAGUAUUCUUCUCUGCACUGGCAACCUGUUACUCAGUAUUGACUGCUAGAAGUUGGCAAUAAACUGAGUUAAAAGUCAGAAUGGCAAAACUAUGUAGAAUGAAGUUAAUGUAUCACUCUUGUUUUUAUUCUUCUGUUAGACUGGAAGAUAGAUCUAAGCAGAAACUAAUGGAUAUCUUUGAUGAACUGCUAAACCCAGAGAGAGACGACACCAAGUAAGCUUGAAACGUGAUUCAUAGAUGGCCGGACAAUUCAAUUUAAGUUUUCGUACGUUACUGGUAGCUGAUGGCCGAAUAUUUCUCUUUUUAGGGGUCAAGAUAAGCUUUCUCAAGAAUUCGAGAUGUUUGCGUUUUCUCUUCUUUAUGGUUUGCCAUGUACAGACUCGCAAAGCGCGUCAAUUACAGGAACACGUGCUUCAGUGGAAGGCUUCAGACAACCACCUGCUCAGUUAAACGGAUUGCAAAUAAAACCCAGGUAAGUCGCUUGAAACCUCAAAAGGUAUAAAUGCAACAGCAAGGAUUUUGCUUCAAAGAUCUUGGUAAUAAAUUGCUGUGAGAUCAUACUGAUGAUGGGUCUCAAGCAAUGCCAGCUUACUCAAUGGAGGCCUUAAGAUUCUAAGACGAAGAAGACCACGAGGACUAGAUUUUCUCAAUAUUAAGUAGUGCGCGCGUGCGAACCAACGGUCAUUUUGGCGGGAAAACGUUAUAGCUGUUGUCAUUCUCCUACGGGUUUUGGCGAGAAUAUCGCAGUGGCGGAAGCAAGUUAUCAAGUGUUAAAAGUUUUAUCAUUUUGCGUUUGGGAGAGGCGUUAAUUCCGUCAAUGAAAAUAACCGUGCUAACUUUUCAAGUAGGAAAAAAAAAACUGAAGCUUUCCGUGGUGUCCAGCAGUUGAAAAUUUGCUUCAUCCAAUCAGAAACACUACCCAGAUCUGGGUAGUGACACGUCAUCAGUAUGGAAUUUCUCCGCUCGUUCCUCAGCCGUCAUUUCUUGGGAAAGCAGUGGUGGCGUCGCGAAAUGUCGGCUGUUAUCUCAGGCUAGGCCAAAUUAAUGUGCCAUAUUUUUGUUAACCCUUUAAUCCCCAAUAUCCACAUACAAAUUCUCCAAACUGAUCUCCAUACAUUUCCUUCAUGAAUGAGUUGAGGGAAUUUGAUAAAAGAUCAAGGUAUUUUCCCUUAGGUGAUCAUUUUAUUAAUUCUCAUAACCUAAUCUCUUAUGGAUAUCGUUAAGAGAAAAUUGACGUUAGUCACCAUUGGGACUCAAAGGGGUUAAUCAUUUUUCUCUUGUAGCAAUGGAAAGAGUUACUUUCAGUAUCCGUCUAAUUUCUUGACUGCUUCUUCAUCAAGCGGAUCAGAUGUAAGUGUGACUUUGAUACUGUAGUUAUUUCUUCUUUGGCCUCGUAUAUACGUAAACCUUGUGUCAAAGAUGGCCCUUAAUGUUAUCUUUUCUCUCCCUUUUGUCUAGUGUACCGAUAUUCACUUUAUUGACUAUCAGACAGCACACUGGUUUAAAAAGACUGACCAACCACCAAUCAUAAGUGACAAGGUUUGUGUGGUAGAUUUUCAGUUCAUUGUAAUGUAAUAAGCUCCCGAUGUUGAACAGUUCUCAUUUCUGUUUUAUCUUCGUUAUUUGUGUCACUGAAAAGUUAACUCUUCGGUUUCUGGCUUAUUUCGCGUUUUUUUAAAUCACUAAUCAAUGUUACGUUGUUUGCCUCAUCCACAUGCAUCAAAACUGGCGUCAAUAGAUUCGCUCAAAGUUCUUAUCGAAUCUAAAGGUCUCUAGCGACAACACAGCACUUUUUUUCACCCGUGACUCAAACUGCGACUUGCUUCCACAGGUGUUUUCCACCUCACUGAAUCAGUCGUCUUCAUCACUUAUCAGCAGCCGCAAUCCCAUCACGUAUCGUAUCUAUACAAGCAACAAGAGAGUCACUCCGAAGGGAGCCGAGUAAGUUCUUUUAUUUUUCUGUCCAUAGGCAAUUCAAAAGGUUGGAUAGAGCUAUCCGCUGGAUAUUAAAUAUCUACCCUCUGUGUAACACAAUCGGUUUUUCCAAUGCUUUUUCACUGCACAUAGCACUAUCCACCUUUUUAACAACUGUGACCACAUGGACCCGUUUCUCGAAAGUCCAACUUUUCGGUCCCGAAAUCAAAUAUUCAAGUCAAAAUCUAAAGACUAAAAGCAUGGUUCCUGGCUAGAAAAAUCCGUCCAUUUUGUUUUGUUAACUGAUAGCAUUAUCAUAUUAUCUACAAACUUCUGAAACCUGAUCUAUCCUGAAUAGAAACAACAUCAGCUUUCCGGGAGUGAAUUAUCGGGAAUUUCGAGAAAGGCCUAUAAAGGCCCAGGCUUAAGUUGUUCAACAAGUGAGUAGUAGCUAUUCACUGGAUGGUAAUUUACCCAGUGGAUACACUAUCACCUUAAAAACGGCUGAGCCACUCGGCAGUACGAUACUGAUUUUCCUAUUCCCUGUUUUUCUUAUUUCGUCUCUGUUUGUUUUUAGUUGUGUUUUCUGGGAUACUUCAGCGUCCGCUUGGUCUAAAGAAGGCUGCACCAAAAAGGUAGACAUGACAUUUUUUGGAAUUCUUGGCUGUGUCCUAAUGGCGUUCAGUCACACAGUUAAAACAUUGAUGGUUUUGAAUUAAUUUUGCAAGCUCAUACUGUGACGUCAAGAAUGGUCUCACAGUUGUACAUGCUACGGUUCAAUUGUUACCUUGGUUUAAACUGGUUUGAUUUUUCUUUUUUCCCAAACUCAUUACAUGUAUCGUUAAUUAUUAUACCAUAAUCAAAAUUAAAUAAAAUUGAACCACAACAUACAACGCACAGAGUGGAAGACCCUCUAUUAGGCCUGGAUGAACAAGCAGCACAUAGCCCAUGAUCAAAAAAGAUCUUACUCGAGACACGCAGAGUCUUCCUCCAAUACGCCAAUAUCGAGCAAGUAACACCUUCUAUCAUUUAACCCUUCUUGGUUUGAAGUAUAGGAGAUAUGACAGUGUUAAGGGUUUGUUGUAAUUCUUGUUUUCUCGCGUUCCAGAGUGAUGAAGACGAUUACGUUGAAUGCCAGUGCGAACAUUUGUCCAUAUUUGCUGCUGAAGGAAAUAGUGACAAUCGAACCGGUUACGAAUUAUACUUCCGUAUAGUCUGCUUUGUUUGCAUGGUAAGUGGGCUGUUAUGUGAAUUUGCUCUAUGCAUUUUGGGUUUUAUAAUAAAUCCUUCAUUAAGUCCCCCUGGGCAUCUUAUUUAUUUCAAGCUCGUUUGGGGCCGGGUGUUAAGGGGGGGGGGGGCUUGAUACUCAUAGAGAGGGCGGGCUUAUUCAAUUUGAAGAAAUGGGGCGUUAUGUUGCUUUUUCAAAAAACAAGAAGACGCUCCAUAAAGAACUAGGCACAAAGUAGAAAAGCUCAAGCACAUUAAUUUAGGGGUCUUGCAGUCGAAGAUCGAAACAAUUCCGAGCUUCCACCACAUCAAUAAGCCAUACAAAAUAUGAAAAGCUUCUCUAUCUAAGGCAAGCCAGUACAAAAUGUUGACAUACCUUGGACUUUUUAAAGUAUUAGAGAAAAAAUCGGAAACGUCGGAAGGGUGAGCCUGUUUGUUUUAAAAGCUCACGUUGAACCCAGAUGUAUUGCUCGCUGAGGAACAGUCCCGUUCAUUCAUUACUUCGACCAAUCAGAUUGCACUAGUGAACAAUGAACGAUCUCAAAGACUAUCACAUGAGGGUGGGCUUCUAAUUUCACACCGUCGUAACUAAAACCUCAACGUUGAAAGGCUAUAAAAGUGGUGACAUUAAACUCUUUUUGGACCAUUCUAGGCCGCCUUUGCCGUGGCAGUGAUAAUCCAUCACUUGUGCUCCGUUGCAAACAUGUUUGCUGCCAAAUUACUAAUGCACCUGUUUUUCGCUGGAAUGAUGGCUCAGGUGGGUACUCGCUGGAUUGUGUGCCAACCAAGAUUUCCUACUGCGCCUCUAUUAAUAUUAUUAUUAAUUUUUUUUAAUUUUUCAUUUCUUUUUGUCAACCAACUACCUUUUCAAGGUCGCACCUGUGGGUACUUUUCACUGUGAACAUAGCAUUUAUCUUUACCCUGGGGUUACCACACUGCUAGAUGUAUAGAGCGUUUGCACAUGACGUCACGUCUGUCAUAUUGGUGUUCCAAAACAAUAAAACGGCGACCAUGUUCGUUUUCCAAUCCAAUCCUCUGGGAGUUGAACUCCUUUCUUAUGUGAACGCUUUCUUUUGUAAUUCUUAUGAAUUUGCUUAGAUGAUGGCCAAGUGAUUGAAAACGCUCUAAAGUAAUAUCGCUCUCGGUCAUUACAAGAACCAAGUCCAUCAUUGAUAUACCACGACAGACCCUUCAGACAAUAUAAGCGUUUAAUUAUUGAUUCACUUAUUCAAUUCCGUUUUAUAUUUCUUGCAUAUUAACUUUUUUUUCAGUUAAUGUUUGUUCUUGGCGCUUAUCUGAGCCCCACUUUAGUGGGAGAGUACACUCGCUGUUCGGUGCUGGCCAUGUUUUUCCAUUACUUCUUCCUCUGCCAGUUCACUUGGAUGUUUGUUGAGGUAAAGUAUUAUGUAACGCUUGUUAAGUUUUCUAUAUUAUCGCCUUAGUGAAUGAGUCGUGGCUAGAUGAUAGUGACUUCACAACAAACUUAUAAAUUGAACGAAGAAAUAUUUAGUUGUAUAUAAUUAAACUGCGGAGUAAGGAUUUUCAACAAUAGAGAGACCCUGCAGUCAUGUACACAAAUAAACCAGUUGUGAUUAAGCCGAAAAAAAUUAUGGCUUGGACACGAUUUGGACCAAUGCCUCUGUUAUACUGAUGCGGUGCUCUAACUAACUAAUUUAUCUGGAGAACUAGGAGCUAGUCAUUAUGGACCCGUGGAGGGUAAUUUAAUUUUCAUUUCAUGAACUGCGCAAUUCAACACAAAAAAGAUUCUUGGGCGUAAUCACAACUAAAUCCGUUUUGUAGAAAACUGCGAGGUUCUUCCUUCUCCUGAAAAUAAAUAGCAGAUUGCAACAACCAUGAAGGAGGAAGCGGAAGGUCCUUUGUUGUUUUUUCUGGCAUCAUGUUUUCUCCAUUGUUUAUUGCUUCAUAAUUGUUAUUCCCGGGUUUAAUAUGUCGCUUUCGAAAGUCUGUGGUGAAAUACCUACAAAGAGUCUGCGAAGAGGCUUUGCUGAUUAUACAGUUGUUGAAUUCUUACGUGGUUUGAUAUUUUUAUUUUCACUUCUUUUCAGGGGGAUCGUAAUUGCUCUUUCCGCCCCGGCCCCCUCUGCUCCUCCAUUUUUUUUAAACUAGUUUACCUUAAUCUCUCUUUUCUUUGUUGUAGGCAUGGAAUAUGUGGCGAGUGUUUGUACUAAAUGAUGAGCACACGGACAGAAAGUUCGUUUGGUUCUUCGUUCUCGGUUGGGGUGAGUAAUUAUUCCUGCCAUCAUUGGGUUCAUUUCUCUCCGUUAAGAUAAGCAUGUCUUACAGCCACGCAACCUUGAUAUCCCUUACACGCUCAAAUCCUGCUUUCGCCAGUAGAUCGCGGGGUAUGGGAGGAACAUGAAAUCGAUUUCUUCUAAACUGUUAAUGGCCAAGUGUCUCGUUACCGCAUUUUUUAAUUGUUACUAUUCUGCUGCGAUCCUUAGGCUCACCUGUCGUGGUCAUUGUGCUGUAUAUAAUGGUUACUCAACUGGGAUUUGACUGGGCGUUCACCAAAGCCUACGCAGAUGUACACGACAACGGAGACAUGUAAGUUGUGUUUCUUCUUCUCCUCCACCCCCCUAAACACAUUUUUAUGCAACUAUUAUGCCUUAAAAAGAAAAAAAAUGCCUGUAGAAGAACUCUCCUCAGGGAUAGCAGAGAGAGUUAAAUACGCCAGCGCGCUUGAAAAUUUUUCUUGGGUGGAAGGUUCUUUCUUCCUCUCGAUUGUCACCUUCCUCCUGACUGGUGAUGCUGACGCGCGCUCGCGUAUUUCGUUCGUUCUGCUUUCCCAGAAGAAAAAAAAAGGAGUGCUUGUAAUCUAGGUAACACUUCCGGGUUUUGUCCAAAGUUGUGAUAGUUAGAUUAGACUUACACAUCACUAUAAACACCAGCAGAACAAACUAUUAUUCAGAAUCUUGCCGUUAAAUGCACACAGUUGAGGUUUCCGUCCUCACGAACGUAGAUCCAACCAAAACCAACCGUGUUCGUGUUUUGGAAGAACAAGCUGUUGAUAGGAAUGUAAACUUACCACCAUAUCUCCUCGUUAUUCUACGUUUACCAGGUGCUUCAUACCUAACGCUUACGCUGCGCUUGCUGCCGCCAUCGGCCCAGUCCUCCCGCUGCUUAUGGGCGUUGCCGUGGUGUUUACACAGGCAUACCAAGUUACUCCUCAAUGGAAGUACUACGAUGAUAUAUUCCGUGGUCAUUACAACAUCCGAGGUACUUGUUUUGUUUCGUUGACGAAUAAAAGUAAUUUUCAAACGCCCAUUAUCACUAAUUUUCAAGGUUGCAUCUAAAAGAAAAAUAGGAGAAACAACCGCAGAUAUUAAAAAUUACGGAACGUUUAGUUGCAUAUGCCUUUGCCAGGAGAUCGAAAGAAGAACAGAUUUUUAUACUCUACUAGUACAUGCAUAUACCAAGCUAUUUUUGGUCAACUGCCUGGCCACAUUGUGGACAAUGAUGAUAAGAUAGACUUAGUAUUUUGUCCAUAUUGGAUCAAUGGACUUGAUUCCAGUAGAUAACGUUAAGACAUUUUUGUUGCUCGUGUCACUUAACUGGCAGGUAUCUUUCCUUUGCCGCAACAGCGUGUCCCGGUUUAAGUAAUUAAAGUGUGUGUGUUUUUUUUUUGUCCAUUUAGAAAUCCGCUACAUCAUGGUACUGUUUGCGCUUAUUACACUGGUGUGGCUGUUUGCUGGGCUGCAUCUAGCUUUUGGGUCCGAAUGGAUGAUCAUCGUUUUUACUAUAUUGGACGCAAUACUGGUAAGCUACUUUCAGAACCGACAUGUAUCUAAUUUAACGGUCUUAUAAAUUAAAGUAGAGGAAUUGGUCAAUGGUGACUGUUUUUGAUCAGGCCCCAGUUGUUCAAAAGCUGGAUAGCGCUAUCCUCCGGAUAAAUCAUUAUCCGGUGGAUAAGUAUUAAAGAAACCAAUUGCUUUAUCCACUGGAUAGAGAUUUAUCCGGUGGAUAUACAUUUAAGUAGCUUUAACUACCUUUUGAACAACUAGGGCCUGGACUCUUAUCUGGACAACUGGAGGACAACUGUGUUUUCAUCACUUUCUAGUCAACAGCGUUGAUGCUAUAUUUGCCUUUGCUUUCAGGCUUUGUACGUCGUAAUCUGGUACUGCUGCCUUCGUAAUCAGUUGAGAGGCGUUUUUAAGGAAUCGUUUGCGAUCCCAUCUGUUCCACCGCCUAUAGAAUUACGUGACGAUAUGUUUAGAGACAGCCCAAGCCCUGGACACUCAAUAUCCAGCCUUAAAAGAUCAGGAAUGAGAAAUUCCCCGGAUGACCCGGUAAGAUAUAGAAAAAGGCAUAUAACAUGGUGACAGUUUUGAAGUAAGAUAUUUUCAAAGUUCAGAGUGGCUUUUUGCAAUGGGUGUCGCUCCUAUCAUCAGCCGUAUAUUACCGCGCAAAGAAAAGUAAGGAGGAAAAAACGCACUUCCUUUCUGCCCAUUUAAAUAGUUUCCCUCGCUUUCUAUUUCGCGCCACUCUCUAUUAUCGGAACGACUGGAACAAGCUAGAACUCAGAUACAUCUGUAAAGAGGUCGAUAAACAUGGUCACUGUUCUAACAGCCAAUACAUUACCAAAACACGAUAAAUGGUCACAAAAGUAGUGUCAUUACUGUUUGGUCAUGAAAAUAUAACCUGUUAUUUUGAGCUUUGCCCUGCAGAUAAGAUACGUUCGUGUAAAACUGCAUGGAUUAGUUUUUAAAGUUUUGAUACUAUUAUAUAACUUUGUAAAGUAAGUGAUUGUUUGUAAAAUGAAAUUUUAAAAAAUUAAUUGGUUGAUUUCCUUUGAUAGUAUUUUACGGAACAAUAACCUUGUUUAAAGAGUAUGGGAUGUUAUUGACUUGAACCCUUGCUAUUGCUUAUAAAACGGUACUCCAAAAUUCGAAUUUCCGCCGUGAUAAUGAAGUUUUUAAAUGGAAAUAACUAAUACUUAAAUAUUUUGUUGCAUUGACCUCGCAGUAAGCAGAGGUUAAGUGUUUGAAUUUCAAUUAAACUAUUGCAUGUGUGAACGAUGAAUGAUUAAUCUCUAUAAAUUUUUCUCCUUUUUUUUGAACUGAGUCAGGUUUAUCUGACGAGAAUUGAAAGACGCAAGAGUGCCAGCGUUGGAUAUAAUCCGAAUGCAAGAAUUAUUGUUGUUAGUUCAGAAGAAUCUUUUUCUUUGAUAAUUUUAAAUUUCGUAUUUCCUCUAAUAAGCGCCUACCACGUCGGUCAAACUUGCGAGUAAACGCCCCUCCGUCCCCUUCCCCUGUUCCCCCACUACUGUUAUUGGUCUGAGAACGGUGCCUUAUCCGUUAAGUCUCUUAUAGUUGUCUGUAUUUCCCAGUAUUUGUGGAGUAUCAUCACCUGUUCUUUCCCCUUUCUGGUGGCGUUUUUUCGGGGAAAUACGCUAGUUUAGCUCGUUUGUCAGCCACUUCGCUUCAUGUAAACUCUAAAAUAUCUAAACUCGACCCGUUCAAGCGAAAUAACAGCAUUAAAACUUAUAUUAAGGUGGUAAUGGUUAAUUAAAAAAUAAUCUGACCGCUAAAUUCAAUUGGUAAAUCAAAUAUCUUAUUUAUACGGCACUAUUUAAAUUCUUCGGGUACCUCUUUUAUUUAUUUAGUUUAUUUGUUUAUGUAUUUUUUUAACUCUUUAAUUCGGGUUAGGGUAUUACUGCACAAUAGAAUAAAUGUGCAUUACAUCAUGCAUGCUGUCUCGCAGUUUCUAACUUUUUCGUUGCAUCCUUUUCUUUUUGGUAUGUUUUUGGAUUAUUCGACAAUUAAACGAACAUAAAACGUACUUGCCCUGGAUGAAGAGAUUCAAGACAAUUAGGUAGACCAGUCAGAAAAGAAAGAGGGACGUCGUCGAGGAUAGCUUCUUGCAGUCCUUUUGGUUUGAUUCAAGUGUCUGUCAAACAAACGAAAUAUCGAACGUGUUUGUUUACGCCCACCAAACCAAUCAAAUCCAAUCAAAUUUUAGCCUGCGAAAACAGCCGUUUCUCCUCGUUCCUCGCUGCUGGGGACGUUUCGCGAAACGGCUGUUUUCGGAGGCUAAUCAAAUUGUUUCUCCAAUUCUUGUUCCUUUGCUAGGUCGUUCGCGCAGCUAUUUUGCAGGUCAUACUAGAAUCGUCGUUGUGUUCCCUUCUAGCAAACAACUGACAAUAAAGGGUCGCAGGAAGUAAAUUUACACAAGCAGGCAACUCCUUCAUAUUGCAAAUCUUACAGCACUACUUUCUUUUCAACUUUUUACUUCUCAUUACUUAUAUUGUGAUCCACUCGUUUAUUUGUUUUCAGACUUAGCUAAAUUAAAUUCGCAAUGUCAGAACUACCUUAAAAGAAUACAGACGGAGAGAUAAGGGGCGGGGGGGGGGGGUAUUUUGUAGUUUGGUCGGUGAGUGUUAGGUCCAAGGGGGGGGGGCCUUUUGACAAAAUUAUAGUUGAAGUAUCCCUUUUGACAGUGAGUUUGCCUUUCUCGCAGAGCGACUGGGAUGACUUAGACCUUGGAGUUACCCCCAAAGGAAGCCGUAAAAUGCUCGUGAAUAUGGACGAUACUGAUAGCCUGGGGCGAGUGAAUGAGAUGUACGAAGAUGACGACUUCGAAAACAGGGACUUAGACGACCUGGUAUUUGCGCUGAAGACCGGGGGACAGUUUGAAAGAGAGCCUACAUAUGACGAUGAAAAACCAGAAUUGGACGGAAGCGGGCAGGGACAAGAACAUUAUGAAAUGAGAAGAAUAUCAAUUGCUGAUACACAUUUAUAA